AUGAAACUUUAUAAAAAUAUAGCAACCAUUAUAGACAAUCUAGUAAAGCAAUUCAUCUCACUUCUAAACAUUUUAUAAGUAAGGAGUUCACUUUGCUUUUAGCCAAAGUAGUUACCACUUAUUAUUGGAAAUAUCGAUUCUGAUAACGUGGUUAUAACAACCUUCAACUAUGAACCCUCUAAUUCUUUUAUUGCCAUUGGAGGUAGUUAUAAUGGUUAGCCAUUACUAGGUCUUUAUUCUCUCUCUACGAAUUACCAAAGACUAGUAAGAUUACACACAUAUAAUUUGGAGAAUUAUCAAGAAUCCCUUUCUAAUAUUUUAGAAUCAGUAGACGAUAUAAAAAUAAAGGACAAUUAAAUUCUUGAUUAGAGACCAGCCUCAACUGCCUAUAUUGCAGGAACUUAUCAAGACAGCAAUACAAACAAAUAUAUAUUUUAUGGAGAAUAUGACUUAGUUACUUACAAUCCAAAUGCUAAAUCUUAAAUUUUAAAUUCAGCACUAAAAGAAAUUCAGCUUGGUCCUGUCUACCGAGAAGGUGACGGCAUAGUAGGAUGUAUAUCAAGCAAUUAAAAAUAGUCUGGCAGCGUAAUUAUUGGAUUUUUGACAAGUUUGUAAUCAUCUUUCGCCUUCUACUACAAGGAUUUAUCCUAUCUGAAUAAAUAUCAAUAUGUUGAAUGUGUAGGAGCUCAUUCUUAAGCAAACUAAGAUUAUGAGGUGUAUCUAUUUGGAUAAACAAUAGAUGAUAAAAAUGCAUUGAUAAUUAUAUCCUUAGAAAAUAAUGAGAGGAGAGACAUAUAAAAGAGUGAAAUAUAGGAUUUAAAAAUAUCUUAUGAAAUCAUUGAUACAAACUAUAAACUAGAUCUCAUUUAACUAUAAACAGUUUAAUCUGGAGUAAAUUAUUUAAUGGUAGGAUCAAUAUAUAACUAAAAUGGCACUAAAAAAUCUGGUAUUAUUCUCACAAAGAAUGCCGACUACAGUUAUCAAAACAAACUAGACUAGCAAUAUUCAUUUCCUGAUAUAGAUACUUAAGAUUUAAUAAUAGGGAAUAUCCCAGUGAGUUUUAAGAAUAGCACUAUUCAAUUAGAAUGCAUUUUGUCAUAAACCACUUGUAGUCUAUUGCUAGGAAAUUAUAAUGUUACUGCAUGCUCUGAUAGAAUUUUCCCCAUUAAGUUCAAAAUAAGAUAUUCAGAUAUCUCCUAAGCAAAUCAAAUUGAUUUGAACUACUUCAAUAAUAAUUCAUGGUUAAUGGCUUCUUCAAUGUCAUAUUAUGACAUUUAGCUAGAGAUUCUAAAUUUAGCAAGCCAGAAUGUUGGGUAUCAUUCUAUUAUAAUUGAAUCUUACUACGAAUAACUAACUUUUAAAUGGUACUUCGAUGAAAUGACUGUUAAAUUUAUGGUUAUAACUGAAUGUGAUUCCUCAAUCUAAAUUGGCUUUGACUAACUCUUUAAAGACUUAUAGUAUUAAAUCGGAUCAGGAGAAAAACUUUAUCUAUUAAAGUAACUAGAAUACACGGUUGGAAAGGAUGAUUGUAAAUAGUAUUACAUUGAUUAUUCACUUGUCAGAAAAUAUACAAUGAACUCUUAAAAUUUUAUUAACUUUGAUAACACUACUAAAAUAGUUUCGAUCAAUACUGAUGACAAUACUUUAGAAGGAUAUUAUAACUUUUCAAUUAAUUAUAAUUUUCAAGGUUUGGGGGAAAUAAAAGCAAAUGAGUUUCAUUUCAAAGUAUUUUUAUAUAAUCCUGCUCCCUGA